UCCCGAGCGCGCUGCUUCAGCUUCAUUUCUUUCUUCUCUCGGUUGCUGUCUCUCUCUCUCUCUCUCUCUCUCUCUGCCUCACAGUAGUCUUCACUUUUAAGAAAAAACUUCUCUCUACCUCUUGUCUCCCGCGGCGCACGAUAUCCUUGCCGUUUCUAACUUACGCCCCCGGAGGAUUACAGAGACUAUCGAUUCACUCUCUAGGGUUUGAUUUUGCGGAGUCUAAUUUUUUAAUUGAUACUGUGAGAUCUGCUUCAAUUGGAAUAAAGAAGAGGAACUCUUUAGGGUUAGGGUUUUGUUGUUUUGUUGUAUUUGAUGCUUUGGCGGGGAUCUGAAUCAGAAUCCUCCUUGUAAUCUUGGGUCGGACCGUGAAAUGGCCAAUCCUGGAGUCGGGUCUAAGUUUGUAUCUGUGAAUUUGAAUAAAUCUUAUGGCCAGCAACAGCAACAGCAAUAUCACCAUAAUAAUCAGUAUAAUUAUGGGCAGGGUCGGGGGCGGCCUGGUGGGGCUGGAGGAGGAGGUGGAGGAGGAAUGGUGGUGCUUUCGAGGCCACGUAGCUCGCAAAAAGCUGCUGGGCCGAAACUUUCUGUUCCACCCCCCUUGAAUUUGCCAUCCUUGCGUAAAGAGCAUGAAAGGUUUGAUUCAUUGGGAUCUGGUGGCGGGCAUGGUAGUGGUGGUCCUGGAAAUGGGCCUCGGCCUAGUUCUGCUGGUAUGGGGUGGAGUAAACCUGCUGCAAUUGCUGUGCAGGAGAAAGAAGGGUUGGAUGUUAGUGGUAAUAAUAAUGGAGUUGACAAUGUAAAUAAUUACGGUGGUGGUGAUCUGGGAGGGGGUAAUGUGGGUAAUGGGGUUAAUAAAGCGAGCACCGGUAGUGUGUAUAUGCCGCCUUCUGUGAGGCCAGUGGGUCCGGCUGCUGCUUCUGGCGGUCGAUGGAGUUAUUCAGUGGUGGAGAAAGCUGUGGUUUUGAGGGGUGAGGAUUUUCCUUCAUUGAAGGCAACUUUGCCUGCUGUGUCUGGGCCAGAAAAGAAGCAGAAGGAUGGUUUGAGUCAGAAACAGAAGCAGGUGUUGAGUGAGGAGUUAGGUAAUGAGCAGAGGGAUGGAUCUAGUUUGAGUAGGGUUGUUGAUAUGCGUCCCCAAAUGCAGGCAAGGAAUAAUUUGGGUAAUGGAUUGGAUGAGUAUGGUGGUGAUAACCGACGGUUGGGUCGUUCUGUUAUAUCCGAGAAAGAGCGGAAACAGCAAGAGUACUUGUUGGGUCCUUUGCCAUUAGUUCGGUUGAAUCCUAGGUCAGAUUGGGCAGAUGAUGAGCGGGACACAGGGCAUGGUUUGACUGACAGAGGGAGAGAUCAUGGUUUUUCAAAGAAUGAGGCUUACUGGGAGAGGGAUUUUGAUUUUCCAAGACCAAGUGUUUUACCACAGAAACCAGCUCACAAUCUUUUUGACAGGCGAGGACAGCGUGACAAUGAAGCUGGAAAGAUUUUUUCCAGUGAAGUCACUAAGGUUGACACUUAUGGAAGAGAUGUCAGAACACUAAGCAGAGAGGGAAGGGAAGGAAACUCAUGGAGAGUUUCUUCACCUCUUACAAAAGAUAGACUCCCUACCCAAGAGGCUGGAAAUGAAAGAAACAGUAUUGGUGUAAGACCACCUAGUCUGAACAGAGAAACAGUCAAGGAGAAUAAGUACAUCCCUUCGGCUUUCCGGGACAGUUCUCAGGACAAUACUGAAAGUAGGGAUGUGGGUUAUGGGCAAGGAGGGAGACAGCCCUGGAGUAAUACUAUCGAUUCUUUUGGCAAUCGAGGGCCUGAACGGAAUACUCGAGAUCGUUAUGGAAGUGAACAAUACAACAGAUUCAGGGGUGAUUCGUACCAGAAUAACUCAGUUGCCAAAUCAUCAUUUUCUGUGGGUGGUAAAGGGCUUUCAGUUAAUGACCCCAUACUGAAUUUUGGUAAGGAGAAACGCCCCUUUUCAAAGAGUGAAAAACCUUAUCUAGAUGACCCUUUCAUGAAGGAUUUUGGAACUUCUGGUUUUGAUGGACGGGAUCCCUUCUCCGGGGGGCUUAUCAGUUUGGUUAAGAAGAAGAAGGAUGUGCUUAAGCAGACUGAUUUCCAUGAUCCUGUUCGGGAAUCUUUUGAGGCUGAACUUGAGAGAGUUCAGAAGAUGCAGGAACUGGAACGGCAGCGGGUAGUUGAAGAGCAGGAAAGGGCUAUGGAAUUAGCUCGUAGAGAAGAAGAGGAGAGAAUGAGGCUAGCUAGGGAACAAGAAGAAAUGCAGAGAAGGUUGGAAGAAGAAGCUAAAGAAGCUGAAUGGAGAGCUGAACAAGAGCGACUGGAAGCCAUCCGAAGGGCAGAAGAACAUCGGAUAGCUAGAGAGGAGGAGAAACAGAGAUUGUUUAUGGAGGAGGAGAGGAGGAAACAAGGUGCUAGGCAGAAACUCUUAGAAUUGGAAAAAAAAAUUGCGAAGAGGCAAGCUGAAGCAGAAAAGAGUGGCAAUGACAUUUCUUCUGGUGUUGCAGAUGAGAAAAUGACAGGGAUGGUGACAGAAAAAGAUGUUUCCAGGGCGAUAGAUGUUGGUGAUUGGGAAGAAAGUGAAAGGAUGGUGGAGAGCAUCACAGCUUCAGUAUCCUCUGAUUCCUCAGUAGUGAAUAGACCAUUCGAAAUGGGUUCUAGGCCUCACUUUUCUAGAGAUGGCUCUUCAGCCUUUUUAGAUAGAGGAAAACCUGUGAAUUCAUGGAAGAGAGAUGUAUUUGACAAUGAAAACAGUGCAGCAUUUGUUCCACAAGACCAGGAGAAUGGUCACCCUAGUCCUAGGCGAGAUGCAUCUGUUGGAGGGAGAGCAUUUUCUAGGAAAGAGUUCUAUGGAGGACCUGGAUUAAUGCCCUCUAGGCCUUAUCAUAAAGGAAGGAUUACUGAUCCUCAUGUGGAUGAUCUUAGUCAACAAAUUAGAAGUCAAAGGUGGAAUAUUUCUGGGGAUGGAGAUUAUUUUAGUAGAAACUCAGAGAUUGAACCUGAGCUUCAAGAGAACUUUGCUGAUAGUGCAUGGGGGCAUGGUCUUAGUCAGGGCAAUCCUUAUCCUCAAUACCAUGAAAGAAUGUAUCAAAACCACGAGGCAGAUGGGCUCUAUUCAUUUGGGAGGUCACGGUAUCCCAUGAGGCAGCCUCGUGUUCUACCCCCUCCAUCUAUGACUUCAUUGCACAGAAACCCUUAUAGAGGUGAGAAUGAACGUCCUGGUCCCUCAACCUUUCCAGAGAAUGAGAUGCGGUACAAUCAUGGAGCUAGAAAUGAAUCUACCAUGCAGCCAAGGUAUGAUAGCAGUUAUCAACAGAACCUUGGACGAGCUGAAAUAAUUUCCCAGGAAGAGAAUACCGAGACUGAGGUGCAGAAACUGAAUAGGAACACAAGGUGUGACUCACAGUCUUCACUCUCUGUUUCAAGCCCCCCUGAUUCUCCGGUUCAUCUCUCUCAUGAUGAUUUGGAUGAAUCUGGAGAUUCUCCAAUGUUAUCAGCUGGUGAAGGCAAAGAUGUUGCCUUGUUGGGUCCAGAAAAUGAAUCUGCAGCCUUGCAUACUGAAGCUGAGAAAGAGAAUAUGAUGAGUGGCUCAAGUAUUCUCUCCAAUGGGGACGAUGAGGAAUGGGCUGUUGAGGACGAUGAACAGUUGCUGUUGCAGGAGCAAGAAGAAUAUGAUGAGGAUGAUGAUGGUUAUGGGGAAGAAGAUGAAGUGCACGACGGAGAAGAUGAAAAUAUUAACCUGACUCAAGAUUUUGAAGACAUGCAUUUAGAGGAUAAAGGUCCACCUGACAUGAUUGACAACUUGGUCUUGGGCUUCAAUGAGGGUGUUGAGGUUGGGAUGCCCAAUGAUGGGUUUGAAAGAAGUUCAAGGAAUGAAGAAACCAAAUUUGUGAUACCACAACCUUCAGAAGAACAGGGAUCUAUUGAUACAAUGUGCAGUGAUGGGCAAACCCUUCAAGUGGAUGGUUCAACUCAAGUGAAUGUCGAUAAUUCUUCAAGAAUCUUCCAGGAAACAGAGAAGGCAAUUCAAGACAUGGCAAUUCAAUCCAAAAAUGCUUCUCAAACUUCAGCAUCACCUGAGCUUAAGGAUCAUUGUGAUGCUCCUACUAGUCAUGGCUUGUCCAUUCAGCCCCAAAUCCAAUCUUCAUCUGGUCAGACUGUCAUGUCUAGUAUUCUGUCUGUUAGUAAUCUGCCAGAGGUACCUGUUAAGCUUCAGUUUGGGCUAUUUUCUGGUCCUUCUCUGAUACCUUCACCAGUUCCAGCCAUACAGAUUGGUUCUAUACAGAUGCCUCUUCAUCUCCAUCCCCCAGUUGGCCCAUCCCUCACUCACAUGCACCCAUCACAGCCUCCUCUCUUUCAGUUUGGUCAGCUGAGGUAUACACCUCCCAUUUCACAGGGGGUUUUGCCUUUGAAUCCUCAGUCAAUGUCCUUGGUCCGGCCCAGUAAUCCAAGUAAUUUUCCUUUCAAUCAGAAUGUUGGAGGUGCUGUACCUAUUCAACCUGGUCAAGACACUGUGAAAGCUGAUGUUUCAUCAAUUUCAAUGGAUAACCAACAAGGCCUUCUCCCACGACACUUGGAUCUAUCUCAUAUGGCUGCGAAAGAAGGAAAUUCCUUGCCACUGAGAGAAAGAUCUGAUAGCACUAUAAAAAUACACCAGGGCAAAGGAGAUCGUUCUCACAGUGGUGAUAGCAAUUCUAGCACUGAAUCAAGUUUUCAAGGAGAAAAUUCAUUUGUGAAGAAUUUAAAAAAUGUACCUACUCAAGAAUUGGAAGGCCAGUCUCAAACUGGUGAACUAUCAUCUCUAUCAGUUUCCAAAGAAAAAUAUUUAGGAGUUUCAAAGGGUCCAGGCCUAAUAUCAGGUGGGAGAGGGAGAAGGUAUGCCUUCACUGCAAAAACUUCUGGCUCAAGAUCAUCAUUUCAGGCUUCUGAAGUUUCUCGCUCAGAUUCUAGUGGAUUUCAGAGGAAACCUCGACAUCUGCGAACAGAAUUUCGAGUUCGGGAAAAUUCUGAUAGGAAGCAAUCUUCUGGACCAGAGGUUGAUGAUAAGUCUAAAAUCAGUUAUGGGCGUGCUGGAGCAAGAAGUGGGUCUAGGAGGAUGGUUGUUGCAAAUAGACAACCAAAACAGCCAUUUGAAUCAGAGGGCUCAAUUUCAAGGCCAGCAAGUUCACGGGAGAUAGAUUCUCGAAGCAGGGUUGAAAAGGGAGCUGGAAAAGAAUCUUUGAGAAAGAUCCAGAACAUCUCUCACUCCAGAGAGGAUGUAGAUGCUCCUUUGCAAAAUGGAAUCGUGCGUGUAUUUGAGCAACCUGGCAUAGAAGCACCUAGCGAUGAUGAUGAUUUCAUUGAGGUGAGGUCAAAGAGGCAAAUGCUGAAUGAUCGACGAGAACAGAGAGAGAAAGAAAUCAAGGCAAAGUCUAGGGUUUCAAAGAUGGCACGGAAACCUCGUUCUUAUUUGCAAAGCGUUACUGUGUCUUCCAUCUCAAAUAACAAUUAUGCACCAGUUGGUGGAGAGGCAUCAAACAGCAUUUGCUCUGAUUUUGAGGCUCCUCAGGGGAAUGGCUUGGCAAGCAUUGAAGUCUCAGCUGGAUUCAAUGCACCCAUAGUGUCCCAACCAUUGCCUCCAAUUGGAACUCCUGCUAUGAAAGCUGAUGCUCAGGCUGUCAAGUCCUUCCAGACAAGCUCCUUGACCGUUGUGUCUGGUGGUGGAAAGAACCUUGCUCCGGGUUUAAUUUUUGAUGGCAAGAACAAUGUUCUGGAAACUGCCCAAACAUCUUUGCGCUCUUGGGUUAGUUCACGAAGUAACCAACAGGUUAUGGCACUAACACAGACUCAACUCGAUGAGGCUAUGAAGCCUGUGCAAUUUGAUUCACAUUCAUCUGUUGGUGAUCCAACUAACUCAGUUAGUGAGCCCAGCUUGCCCUCAUCAUCCCUUUUGAGCAAGGACAAGUCGUUUUCUUCUGCUGUUAGUCCAAUCAAUUCAUUGCUUGCAGGGGAGAAAAUUCAAUUCGGUGCUGUUACAUCUCCUUCAAUUCUUCCUUCUAACAGCCUCUCAGUUACGCACGGGAUUGGCCCCCCUGGUCCAUGUCGAUCGGACAUUUAUAUUUCUCAUAAUCUCUCUGCAGCUGAAAAUGAUCGCUCUCUUUUCUUUGAAAAAGAGAAACACUCCAAUGAAUCUUUUUCUCACUUGGAAGAUUGUGAAGCUGAAGCAGAAGCAGCUGCUUCAGCUGUUGCUGUUGCAGCCAUUAGUAGUGAUGAGAUUGGUGGGAAUGUGCUGGGUGCGAGCCCUGUCUCUGGUUCAGACUCCAAAAAUUUUGGAAGUGCUGAUCUUGAUAGCAUAUCAGCGGGUGCUUCUUCUGAUAAGCAAUUAGCAAGUCAAUCAAGAGCUGAAGAGUCUCUUACUGUGACUCUUCCGGCUGACCUUUCAGUGGAGACUCCAAUUUCCUUAUGGCCAUCUUUGCCAAGUCCACAGAAUUCUGCAAGUCAGAUGCUUUCGCAUGUCCCUGGAGCUCCACCUUCUCAUUUUCCCUUCUAUGAGAUGAAUCCCAUGUUGGGAGGACCUAUCUUUGCUUUUGGGCCACAUGAUGAAUCAGCAUCUACUCAAUCACAGUCGCAGAAAAGUAAAGCAUCAGUUUCUGGUCCACCUGGGGCCUGGCAACAGCAUUCUGGUGUAGACUCAUUCUAUGGUCCUCCAGCUGGUUUCACUGGCCCUUUCAUUAGUCCACCUGGGAGCAUCCCAGGGGUUCAAGGUCCACCUCACAUGGUUGUCUACAAUCAUUUUGCACCAGUGGGACAGUUUGGACAAGUUGGCUUGAGUUAUAUGGGUACCACAUAUAUCCCAUCAGGAAAACAACCUGAUUGGAAGCAUCACCCUGCAUCUUCUGCCAUGGGUGUUGAAGGGGACAUGAAUGACAUGAAUAUGGUUUCAGCACAGCGCAACCCGACCAACAUGCCUACUAUCCAGCAUCUUGCUCCUGGUUCUCCACUUUUGUCAAUGGCACCGCCCAUGGCUAUGUUUGAUGUUUCUCCUUUCCAGUCAUCUCCUGACAUGUCAGUCCAAGCUCGCUGGCCUCAUGUUCCUCCAUCCCCUCUUCAAUCUCUUCCUGUGUCAAUGCCAUUGCAACAAGCAGAAGGUGUGCUUCCAUCUCAGUUUAACCAUACCCUUCCUGUUGACAAACCAUUAGCUGCCAACAGGUUCUCUGAGUCGCAAACACCUGCUCCUUCUGACAAUAGAAGGAACUUCCCUACAACAACUGAUGCCACUGUCAGCCAGUUACCAGAUGAACUAGGGUUGGUAGACUCUAGUGCCACCAGCAUGGGGGCUUCAACUCAGAGCAUUGGUGCUAAGAGCUCAUUGGCAAGCACUAUUCCAGAGGCUGGCAAGACAGAUGUUAUGCAGAAUGGCAGUGUUAGCAAUGGUAGUGGCAAGAACUCCAGCUCUGCUUUGAAGACACAGCCUUUUCACCAGAAGAAUAAAUCUGCCAAGCAUUACAAUAACUCUGGGAAUAAUAAUCAGCGUGGAGGUGGAGGCUCUCAGAAGAAUAGUUCCGGAGGUGAAUGGUCUCAUCGUAGAAUGGCUUACCAUGGAAGGAAUCAUUCUUUGGGUACAGAAAAGAACUACCCCUCUUCAAAAACGAAGCAGAUUUAUGUAGCUAAACAGCCUACAAAUGGGACAUCAACGACAUCAUGAGGAACAUCGAAGUUGAUUUUCCUGGAUUUUACAAGCUGAAAUCUUCGGGGAUAGAAAGCAUCUCUCGAGAAUGAAAAUUUUGGCUUACCAUUGGGCAGAAUCUAUGGUAGGGAAUGGAUGAGUUUUGAAUUUUACGAGGGUUCAUAAAUUGAUUGAUAUACAGGUCUGUCUAUCUAAUGUGUUGUUGCCCAACGGGUUGACAAUAGCUUCUGGGUUUUUUUUUGGUUCUUAAGACGAAGAGGGAGGUCUAGUGUGUCAGUUGGCUUGGUGCUAUUAUUUCAAGGUCUUGCGUAUUAGUUGGGUUUGGUCCAUUUCUGUUGUCAUUCGUCUUUGUUGGAUUUCACCAACCCAAUUGUAAUAUCUUCGGAUUGAUGUCUUAAAAUAUUAGUAAUCCACCAGAUAAGAUAUUCUUUUUCCA